UUGCCAACUGUCAAAAGUAACAAUAACAAAUCAGAAUAAUUUUUAAGGUUAAGUAAAUUUUUUUACUAAAAUAAAUAAUAAUAAUGCCACCCAAAAAACAGCCCGAAAAAACAGGCAAGGGAGGGAAACCUGGAGGUGAUGCAAAAGAAUCUGGCGCGAAAGAGAAAAAAGGUGGGACAGCUGUCAAAGUCAGACACAUAUUGUGUGAGAAGCAGUCAAAAUGUUUGGAAGCUUUAGAAAAACUUAAAGCGGGACAGAAGUUUCCUGAGGUAGCAGCAGCAUAUAGCGAGGACAAAGCUCGGUCGGGCGGCGACCUCGGCUGGCAGACGCGCGGCGCCAUGGUGGGCCCUUUCCAGGAUGCUGCCUUCGCCUUGCCCGUCUCCACCGUCGCUAAUCCCGUCUACACUGACCCUCCCAUUAAAACUAAAUUUGGGUACCACAUAAUUAUGGUAGAAGGAAAAAAAUGAGUGACAUGAUUUUGGGAUUCGAGUACUUUUGGGCGAUGCUUUUAUUGUUAAUUAUGGAGAGAAUAUGCUGCUUGCAGGAGCAAUUUGACGAGGACUAUAUCGUGCUCCCCGAGGCUCCUAGACCUGAUGAGGUCUCGGACGAUUUUUUCAACUUAGAAGAGUUUACAGAUACAUAUUAGUAAGUAAUCUGUGUCCGUAAAAUAGAUGUUUAAUUCCAUUUUGUUAAUAAGUAAGCAUGUUGGUAGGUAUUUUAUUUUAUAUCGGCCCAAUGAUAGGUAUCUUGCGACAGUAGCCUAAAAGAUUAGCACUUAUAGGAGUUUGUAUGUUUCAAUUUAAUUUUUGUUUGUCCAGUCCUCGUUCAACACAAGCGAUCAAUGGAAAGUCUUGCACGAAGCGGUGAAUUUUUCCUUUAAUUUAAAAACGUUUUAUGUACCUACGCAUAUAAUGCCUUAGUAAUGUCACCAAGAGUUUUUAGCUAUCGUAAAAGCACUAUGAUCAAAUUAUUAGGCUUAGCUUAGCAUACAAGCUUCCUCUCUUCUCUUCCUGAUAAUUUGACAUGCAAUAUAAAAUUGAUCUCGAAAACAUAAGCAAAUAUUUACAAUAGGCAAAAACUAUACAAUGCUAAAAGUUAAAUCGAUGAAUCCUUACAUUUUACUUUGCCGUAGCGUUAAAUAGAUAAGAGUCUUAGUAAUUUUUUCCAGUUCUCUGAAGCCGAGUUUUCUGCGGCUGUGCCGCCACUCUCAAGUUACCAUGCUGCUGACACUCUUCCACUUCUGCAACUUUUGUUUUUGGUUCGUAAUGACAAAGAAAGCUUCGCCCAUUACCAUGUCCCUCUCUUUAUCACUUUUGGAUUUAAAACAUGUUAUUCCAUCAUGAAUCAUGAAUGGUAAUAAUAAAUAUUAUGCAAGCAUCCAAAA